AAAGAGAGAAAUGGGUGCUCUUCUAGGAUUGUUUUUCUUUUUUUUCACAUUGUCUCUGCUUGCUCACCCUGCACUUAGCAUCACUAGGCACUACAAGUUUGAUAUCAAAUUGCAAAAUGUGACGCGUUUGUGCCAUACCAAGAGCAUUGUAUCAGUAAAUGGGCGGUUUCCAGGGCCUCGCAUUGUUGCCAGGGAGGGUGACCGGCUGCUAAUCAAAGUGGUUAACCAUGUCCAGAACAAUAUCUCAAUCCAUUGGCAUGGCAUUCGACAGCUUCAAAGUGGAUGGGCUGAUGGACCAGCAUAUAUAACACAAUGCCCGAUUCAAACAGGGCAGAGCUAUGUGUAUAACUUCACCAUUGUUGGGCAGAGAGGCACCUUGUGGUGGCAUGCUCAUAUAUCAUGGCAAAGAUCAACACUCUAUGGUCCCAUAAUUAUCCUUCCCAAGCUCGGGGUUCCUUAUCCCUUCGCCAAGCCUUACAAGGAAGUCCCCAUUAUCUUUGGAGAGUGGUUCAAGGCAGAUACUGAGGCUAUCAUUUCCCAGGCUCUUCAAACAGGUGGAGGCCCAAAUGUGUCUGAUGCAUAUACCAUAAAUGGACUUCCAGGGCCAUUGUAUAACUGCUCUGCUAAAGAUACAUUCAAGCUAAAGGUGAAACCUGGAAAGACCUACCUUCUGCGUUUAAUCAACGCUGCACUCAACGACGAGCUCUUCUUUAGCAUAGCAAAUCACACUGUUGUAGUUGUGGAUGUGGAUGCCCUUUAUGUUAAACCUUUUGAGACUGGAACAUUGCUGAUUGCUCCAGGUCAAACAACAAACGUUCUUCUGAAAACCAAAUCCCACUACCCAAAUGCCACAUUUUUCAUGACUGCUAGACCUUAUGUAACUGGUCUAGGUACUUUCGACAAUUCGACUGUUGCUGGUAUUUUAGAAUAUGAACUGCCAUACAAUUUUCACUCAAGCAACUCCAUCAAAAAACUUCAUCUCUUCAGACCAAUUCUGCCUCCUCUGAACGACACUUCCUUUGCUACAACUUUCACCCUUAAACUGCGUAGCUUGGCUAGUGCACAAUUCCCUGCCAAUGUGCCCCAAAAGGUUGACAAACAAUUCUUCUUCACUGUGGGCUUGGGAACAACUCCAUGCCAAGGCAACCAAACCUGCCAAGGCCCUAAUGGAACCAUGUUUCAGGCUUCUGUUAAUAACAUCUCCUUUGCAAUGCCAACCACAGCUCUACUGCAGUCUCAUUUUUCUGGCCAAUCAAAUGGCGUUUACACUCCUGAUUUUCCUGCAUAUCCCUUGGUUCCAUUCAAUUAUACAGGCACCCCACCAAAUAACACUAUGGUAAGCAAUGGAACAAAGCUAUUGGUGCUUCCAUUUAAUACAAGUGUGGAGCUAAUUAUGCAGGACACUAGCAUACUUGGUGCCGAAAGUCACCCUCUUCACUUGCAUGGCUUCAAUUUCUUCGUAGUUGGUCAAGGUUUCGGAAAUUUUGACCCAAAUAAGGACCCUGCGAACUUCAAUCUUAUUGACCCUAUUGAAAGAAACACAGUCGGCGUCCCCUCAGGCGGGUGGGUGGCAAUCCGAUUCCUUGCAGACAAUCCUGGGGUAUGGUUUAUGCACUGCCAUCUGGAAGUUCACACUAGCUGGGGUUUGAAGAUGGCCUGGAUUGUCUUAGAUGGAAAGCUUCCCAAUCAGAAGCUACUUCCUCCACCAGCUGAUCUUCCCAAGUGUUAACAACAAUAUUGCUCACUUCAUGGACGUUCAUUCCAAGAAGUUUUUUUUUUUCUUUUAACCAAUUAAUUCUUUUAUUCUAUUUUUCUUGUUUGGCCUCGGCUGAUUUAAGUCAAAAGAUCGAUUGUUCAUGGAUGAAGAGUUUAAUAAGGAAGAGAGAGUUGACAAUUUUUAUUUUUUGGUUUCAUUAAUUUCUUUGUUGUAAUGAUCAUGCUCAUGAUAAUUUUAAGCAAAUAUCUACCUUUCAGUGGAUAAAAUUCAUAUUGUA